AUGGGUGUCAAAGGACUAUGGGACAUUGUUGCACCUUCUGGAUAUAGGGUUGAUCCUGAGUCUUUAGAGGGUCAAAUUUUGGCUGUUGAUGCAAGUAUAUGGUUGAAGCAGUUCUUGACUGGCUUAAGAGAUAAUGAAGGGAAUACACCUUUAGGAGCUCAUUUACUUGGAUUUUUUAAAAGACUUUGUAAGCUCCUUUAUUAUGGAAUAUAUCCUGUCGUGAUUUUUGAUGGUAUUCCACCUGAAAUUAAGAAAAGAACUCUUGAACAAAGGAGAGCUCAAAAAGAAAAGACUGAAACAGAUUUUAAAAAAACAGCUCACAAGCUACUACUCAGCGCAAUAAAGGUACAGGCAGUAAAGUCUGGAAAGUCUAAAUUAAAUUCUAACUUUAAAAGUUCUAAAAGUACUAGAUUAGAUGAUUUAGAUACUAUCUCAGACACUGAAAAAGAAAAAAAAUCAACUAAAACUAAGGAAAGUUUAAAUGUACAAUAUAGGACUAAUAAAGAAACUGAUUCACUAUUUAGUAGCUCCUCAGAAGAUGAUAAUGAAAAUAAAGAUUACUCAGAGGAAGGAAACUUACAUAACCAAGAUAUGGUAUCACACAUAAAAGGGUUAUUAAGUGAACGUCGUAGACUUGAUGAGAUACCUAACUUUGAUUCAAAUAUAUUUGCAAUGCCACAUGCAGUAGCAACUAAAAAACUUUCAGGUUUAUCAAGUUCAUCUUCAAGUAUAUUUCUUAGUACUGAUGAUUUAAAAAUGCUCGAAGAAAGAGAUAAUGAUAGAAUAGAUGGAAAAAGAUUAAUGGAAUUACCAUUAAAUGCAGAAAUAGAUCCAGAUGUAUUUAAAUCUUUAGAUACAAAGGUUCAAUACGAAAUUUUAAUACAAUUAAGGGAUUCAUGGUUAUCAGCAUCACGAGCAAAUGCUGUUAAUGCUAGAGAUAAUAUGUCACUAUUUAGCAAUGUACAAAUGGAGUGCUAUUUAAGAUAUUUGAAGAUUAAUCAAGAAAUUGAAAAUGUGAAACGAAGAAUGGCCAAAGAAUUUAAUCCUAAUGAAGAAUUAAGUAUAAUGAAUGAAAUAAAUACAUUAGAUAGUACUAACGUUGCAAAUGUUCUACCUUAUAGUAAUUUAGUUCAGGAAUCAGAAGUUACAACUGCACAGAAUAAUAUAGAUUUAUCUUCAAUACACAAAUUUGAUAGUGACUUUAAAUAUUCUGAAAAAAAUUUUACUAAUAGAUUACAAAAUCACAGUCAUUCCAAUUGGAUACAAGAUCACGUUUACAUGGAUAAGAGAAAAACUAAACAAAAAAAGGUUCAUUUUUUUAGUAAUAAAUAUGAAAAGGCCGAACCACUUAAAUCAUCUAUUCAUGAAUUGGAGGAUUUAUUAAUUUUGAAUCAAAGGAAUUAUAAAAAGUCUAUGCCAAAGAUUACACAAAGUGUGGAUGAGCAUGAUUGUGAAGAAAGAAUUAAAUUGUUAGCUGAAGAUGUGGAUAGUUUAUUUGAAUUAGGUAGUACAGUAAAUUGCAAAGUUUUGGGAUCAAACAAUGAAAUUUCAAAGAAUGAUAAGAGUGACGAUGAGUGGGGUGAUACGGAAUGGGAAAGUGUAUCAAGUUUAAAGAUAAAGAAUGAAACUGAUGACAAAAGACUCCUUAAAAAUAAAGAUAAUACUUCUAAAGUAAUAGAUGAGCCUGAAUCCAAAAUAUCAUUAGAAUUUAUCAACAGUAUAGAUACUGAGCUUUAUUCAGAGGAGAAUGAAGAAAUUUGUCAGUCUGAUUCACUACAAAUACACCAAGGAACAAAAGAAAUAAUAGUUAAAACACUUGAAUCUAAUAAAGCUUGUAAUAAUAUUGAAUUAGAGAAAAUUCAAAAUGAUAAAAUUUUACUAGAGACUGAGACACUGCCAGAGAUCACAACUAGUCUUGAAGAGAACUUUGAAAUAAAAAAUAUUAAAGUAGAUAAUGUAUAUGAUUCUACUAUACCUGGGAAAAUUAUAGAAGCAUUAGAAGAAAAAACUAAAGACAAAACAAAGCAGAAAUUAGAUAAUGAAUUAGAAAAUUCUCAAAAUAAAGAUAGCUUGUCCUAUAAUCCUAAAUAUACCAGUGAAGAAUUGGACAAUUUCCACAAAUUAUUAGCAGAUGAUAACAUAAUCUCAAUACUGGAAGAAGAACAUGACAAGAUAAUGUCUAAGUUUCAAGUACAAAGGAGAUAUACAAAUGCAGAAAUAACGAAAGAAAUUCAAUUUCAGGUACGCAUGUUAUUACAAGCAUUUGGAAUACCAUGGAUUGAUUCUCCUGGUGAAGCAGAAGCACAAGCAUCAAUUCUAACACAGUUAGGUCUAUGCGAUGGUGUAUUAUCUGAUGACUCUGAUUGUAUAUUAUUUGGUGCAAAGUGUGUAUAUAGGAAUUUUUUUUGUGGUACAACAGUAGAAAAAUAUGUUAAGGUAGAUAUUGAAAACUUUUUAGGUAUAAAAAAUCACGAUCAAAUGUGUAUACUUGCACUUCUGCUAGGAUGUGAUUACACAGUUGGAGUUUCUGGAGUUGGUCCAGUCAAUGCAUUGGAAAUACUAAAAGCUUAUCCAAAUUUGAGUGACAUGGAAAAAUUGAAACAGUGGUCAACAAAUUUAGCAAAUCGUUAUGAUUCUGACGAUGGAAUAAACUUGCAAACAGAUAAUAUAGUUCAACAAGAAUUUAAAAGAGUGCAUUCAAACUACAGAUAUCAAUGGUCUUUUCCAAGUGACUUUCCUAGUGAUGCAGUAAUAAAUGCAAUUAGAAAUCCAACAGUAGAUAAAUCGAUGGAGCCGUUUAUAUUUGGAGAUAUUGAGAAAGAGAAAGUUGCUGAUAUAAUGUAUCGAUAUACAACAAUACCAAAAGAAAAAGUGUACAAUAUUUUGGACAAAGUAAUCGAAAAAAAUGAGGCUAAAAAAACUCCCACCUCUCGUCAGACAACAAUAGAUAGUUUCAUUCAAAGAAAAAGUACUAGUGAAAUGAAUGUUAGAAACAGAAAAGUUGCUAAAAUUAUAUCAAAAAGGAUGAAGAAGGCUAUUGAAACUUCUCAAUAA